CGAUACGAUACGACACGACGCGACGCGACGCGACAGAACGGUAGAUAGAUUGCAUCGAACAUGGCCGGGCGAAUGAGUUCGGCGCCACGUGCGAUUCUGGUCUCUCUGUGGGGCGUUGCGGCCCUGCUGGCCCUGGUGGCGGCGGUCUCCGUCGCGCAGCGUUCGGAGGCGAUCGUGGAUGCCGCGUCGGGAGCGGUGCACGUCGGUGGUGAGCCAACGCCGACGCCGACACCCACGGAGACAAACUACGGGGUCGACGUGUCGUGGCCCAUGCAGCACGGGGGCAACGUCGCCAACGGGCAGUCCGAGCGGUACAAUCGGUACAUGAGCGGUUGCUACGAGCAGGGAUCAAACUUCGAGAAACGGGCCGACGGCUUGUACCAGAAAAAAGAAAAUCCCGACGAGAAGGGAGACAACGCGGACUACGUGCGCGUCUGCAACAACGCGGAGAACGAUCGCCUGCAGAUGAACCUGAACCAGCCCAGGGAGAUGCAAAACUACACCCACGCCGGGUACGCAAAGGUCCACACGCCACGGAAGGCGAUGGAACUCCUGCAAUCAUUCUUCGAAAAGAACGAGCGCUACGUGUGGCCGGAGUUUUGGAACGAGGGCAAUACCUACGUCAACCACUGGGAGGUCCCCACCGGGUUGCUGGACAUCGGCCGGGAGAGCCUCCCCCAUCCCUUUGCCAGGGAAGAACGCGAAACCAUCAUCCGGUCCAUCCAGGACGUCCUGGAGUCCUGGACGGGYCAGCGCCUGGUGCUGACCUCGGCCUACGGCAUUCGGGUCUACCAAGAGGGGGCCAUUCUGGCUCCCCACGUCGAUCGGCUCCCGCUGGUUUCCUCCGCGAUCAUCAACGUCUUUCAGAAAAACGUCGCGGAACCGUGGGUCUUGGAGGUCAUCGGCCACGACGGAAAGGCCCACAACCUGACGGCCGAGCCCGGGGAAAUGAUUCUCUACGAGAGCGCCUCCGUCAUCCACGGCCGGCCCUACCCGCUCCGUGGCGAGGGGGCCAAGUACGGGAGCGUCUUUGUGCACUUCGAACCCCUCUACCACACCCUCCGGCACGCGCACGGGGCCACCGGGGGGGACCACUACGCCGCCGAGGCCGCCAAAACGAAGGCCAGCAAGAACGCCUUUGAGAAGGCGCUCGGGGAGCAGCUGAAAAAGCCGCCACUCGGGGACGUCGCUCGCGAGGACGGUCCCGACGCGGCAACGGACGAAAGCAGCACCGCCGGUGGCAGCAGCAGCAACCACCACCCCAAACCCGGGGUCUUUCGGAAACACCCCGGGUACGUAUGGCCGGAAUACAAGGGGCUCUACGACCAGAAGUUUCACUACGAAUACGAGGACCGGGUCACCCCCAAGAGCCCGAAGGCCGUCUUUGGGGACCUUACCAUCCACCAGGCGGCGUCCCUGGGCGAGCUGGCCGUCCUCAAGGAACUCGCCAAGGCCCAGGGUCGGCACAAGCUCUUCAAGGCGGAUUCGAACGGCUGGAAGCCCCUCCACGAGGCCGCCCGUAGCGGACACGCCGACGUCAUCGAGUACCUCCUGGAGGAGGGCGCGAACGUCAACGAGCGAACGAACUUCGACAAGGGGGGAAACGCCAUGUACUGGGCGAAGAAAAAACCGGUCAAGAACGCCAAGGCGAUUGCCGUUCUGGAACUGCACGGGGGGGUGACGGUGGCUCCCUUUGAAAAGAAAAAGCAGGACGCACAGAGCAGCUAACUACCAAUCGAAGCAACGGGCCUUUGCAACCGAGCGACCACGUCGGCCUCCAUUUACCGUAGUGUAUACAACGACAACAACAACAACAACAACAACAACAACAACAGUAGAUCAAUUAGUACUAGCAGUUUAUUGUAUCUUCGAUGUGUGGGGAUGCAGGUAUAUUUGAAUGAUUGAUAUGAUGCUAUUUUCUCACGGAUCUUACAACCGUGCGAAGCUUUGCAGCACGAGAGAAAAGGACACCUAUGCUCAAACGUCACU